AUGACCAGGUGGGCUCUGCUGGUGCUGAUGGUCCUGAUGUUGGGCAGGGUCCUGGCUGUCCCAGCGACCCCUGUCCCAGCCUUCCAGCUCCUCUCUCAGAACUAUCCCCAGACCACUCCCUGUCCUGUGGCCUCAGAGAGCCCCUCAGCUACCAUCUCAGCUACCCAGGGUCACCCCAGCCUUGGUCCCCGCCCUGGCCCGCGCAUCACCCUCUCACUGGAUGUCCCCAUCGGCCUCCUGCAGAUCCUACUGGAGCAAGCCCGGGCCAGGGUGGCCAGGGAGCGGGCUGCCACCAACGCCCGCAUCCUGGCCCAUGUUGGCCGCCGCUAA